GUGCGAUAUGUCCGCCGCUAGGAAGUAACUGAUGAUGAAGAUGAAAACUAGAAAGCAAGUCUUUAUAAAAAAACCAGUCAAAGUUCGAAUCGCUAGCGAAGCUGAUAUUAUUAAGAAACUGGAAAUUUGGUACACGCGAUGGACGAAGAGUAUUGGGCGACCUCUUACUCCACUAAACCUGAAGAAAAAGACCAUAAUGCUAUUAAAAACGCUCAGAGUGUCUACAGAUAUCAUAUCUAUAAUCACGCUAGAUUGGAUUAAAAAGUUUAUGAAGAAUCGAGGUAACUUGGAAGGGUAUGAUGAUGAUGAAAUCUAUGCUGGACUAUUGAUUCCUUUUGAUGUCAAUGGUAUUCCUGAUGUUACAUUUAACACUACCAUAAAUCCAGACCGAAAAGUGUGGCUACUGAUGGCCGGAAACAAAAGUGGAAGACACAGGACCAGAGUAUUGGUUAUAGGUAAGAGAUGGAGACCUCCUUGUAUGGAAACUGUCAAUAUGUUGGGUCAACCAGUGAUAUAUGCAGGGGGGGGUGAUGGUUUUCCUACACAAGAUUUAUUUAAAUGGUGGUUCGAAACAGAAUUUUGUCCAGCUGCUCUAUCUAUCAAUUCAAAAGCUGUGUUGGUUAUGGAUAAAGCAUCUUUUAUUCCAGAGAAGUGUGAAUAUAACGGAGUUUCUUUACAAAAUCACGACGGAGAUUCAAUUUCUAAAUCUACAUUAUUUAUUGAAUUCAAAGCUACAUACACAGCUCUACUUCUUACUCAGGCAGCUUUAGAUCAACAAUCCGAACGAUCAAUACAAAGGUUUUUGGAAAAAUACACGUUAAAAGACGCAUUUAUUUUAUUACAUAGAGCUUGGUUACAAGUCACCACAGAAUCGUUUUCGACUUGUUGGAAAAAUUGUGCAUAUACAUCAGCACUAAAAGGUAUUAUUUUGGGUGUGCAGUGGUUAGCUCAUGAUCUUGGACUGGAAGUAUCUGACGAAGACAUGUUACUUUGGAUUUUAUCUAACCCUGUGGAAUUUACUGAACCGGAAAAUUUAUCUACGGAUUCUGAGGACAUUGAAAUUCCACCUUCCGCUACUCAAACAGUGGAUUACUUAAAAAAGGCGUUAUUAUGGGUCGAAACUCAACCACUUGAACCGUCGUUUGUUAUUGCGAUAAGGGAUUUAAUAACUUAUGCUAAACAGGCAAGCAAGAUCGGUUUAGGACCAGCCCAUCCGUUCUUUUGCCACAACGGCGAGCAGCUGGGUACCCAACCACCACCCGCCCAUAUGGGCAUACCUCCUUACCAACUUGACAAAGCACCCGGACUUCCAAGGCCUUCUAUGUACCCAUUUCCCACAGGCCAGUACCCUUACCCAUUAUUAAGUCCAGACAUGUCACAAGUUGCAGCCACAUGGCACACACCGGCUAGUAUGUACCAUCAGAUCUCAUCGGCUGGAACUGGUUUCAGAGGAUCCUACCCACCUUCUUUAGGAACAAGCCUUACUAGUGAGCUGUAUAGGUUUUCACCAACGGGACUGAUGAGUGGUCCUUCACCUCAUCAUCAUUUAUCCCAUCAUACCCAUCAUUCUCAUCCUGCGAUUGUAACUCCAGGAGUGAGACAAGAUCUGCAUACGGAUUCUAAUCACAGGCCGCAAAACGAUCAUAGUAAAAAUUCUUCGUGCUCAGACGGUUCCAAGCACCACGAUACUGUCCAAAACAGUAAUAACCAAGAUAAGAAGAAGCCUCACAUAAAGAAACCUCUGAAUGCGUUCAUGUUGUACAUGAAAGAAAUGAGGGCAAAGGUGGUGGCGGAGUGUACGCUCAAAGAGAGUGCAGCGAUCAACCAGAUAUUAGGGCGACGGUGGCACUCUCUGUCGCGAGACGAGCAGGCCAAGUACUACGAGAAAGCGCGCCAGGAACGACAACUCCAUAUGGAACUGUAUCCUGGUUGGAGCGCUCGGGAUAACUAUGGAUACGGCGCCAAGAAGAAGAAACGGAAGAAAGAGCGCGUACCGGUCAUAGAUGCUGGCUCAGGAGGUAAUAACAGCAUGAAAAAAUGCCGUGCAAGAUACGGACUCGACCAGCAGAGCCAGUGGUGUAAACCUUGCAGGCGCAAAAAACGUUGCAUACGGUACAUCGAGAGCGGCGGCGACUCGGGCAACCAGUCGGACGACAACCAGUCGACGGGCAGCUUGGGCCACUCGGACAACGAGGAGGCCGACUCGGCGUCCAGCCCUGGCGGCCUGAGCGCCCUGUCCAGCCUGACCAGCCCGGGCAUGCUAACGCAGGCCAGCCUGUCCCCGGCCACGCCGCUCACGCCGCACGUGUCCGAGUACGAGUGCCCGCCGAUGGCGGCGCGCAUGCCGCUGGCCGUGGUGGUGCCCACCAGGCACCACCAGCCGGUCGGCACCAACCCGCACGACAUCAACAACCCGCUCAGCGUCAACCAGCUGACGGGCGGCGUCGUCAACAACAAGUGCCAUAACAACCCCAGGGAGCAACACCAGCACCAGCAGCAGCAGCAGCAGCACCAUCAGCAUCAGCAGCAGAACGAUCUGAAAACCGUGCCCAACAACCCGAACAACCAGCCCGAACAACAACAACGCCCCAACAAUAACAGCAACCGGACGCUGCCCGCCAUCAGCGUGACGUAGCGAAGCGCCCGGGCGGCAGUUUGCUUGAUAACGAUGUAGUGAUAAUAAUGUUGUUGUUACGUGGUGUAUGCUACGAUACUAUAUUAAAUAUGAUGUUUUUUAUUAUUAUAAUUAUAAUUAUUAUUAUUAUUAUUAAUAUUAUCGACCCACCCGCUCAAUUUAUCGUAUAGUUUUUCUUGUUAUUCUCCGCGCGACGACGAUAAUAUGCGCGCGCGCACGAUACGAACGACAUAUUAUUUGAUAUUAUGAUGUAUUACGGUUGUACACGACGUUUGUGAUUUGAUGUCAGAUUUGGCGCGAUGUAGCGUACCUGCCGAUAACGAUACCGCGCGUUUUGGGGAGGAUCGUCAGGGGUGACCAAAACGGGGAAAAUAUAAAUACCGCACGAGACGGACGUUCGCCGCGGUCCGCGGUUGGACAGCGACGACGACGACUUACGCCUAUAUUAUAUACUUACACUUGGACCGUGUAUUAUUGAAUUCGUUUGAAACGAGAGAUAAAUGUUAAAAUCAUCGUCAUCAUUAUUAUUAUACUAUUAUUUUUAUUAUUAUAUUGAUAUUAUUGUAUUGCCAUUUCGAGAAUCUUUUUAUAGAAUCCCUUUGUGUAGGUACCUCAAAGACUAAACGCAAUUGUUUUUUUUUUUUUAUUAUUAUUAUUAUUAUUAUUUUAAUUAGUUCUUAAUCAUAUUAUGUCGUGUGUGUAUGAUAUUGUUCAUGAUGUAUUAAACGAUGUUUGUUCGCCGCUAAAAGUCGAAAUAAAAAAAAAGCAAAACGCCCCCUCACCCCGCCCACGCGAUAAUUAGAAACGAAUACACGUUACUUCGUCGUUGUUAUUACUUAUUAUCAUUGUUCAUUUGUGCGACGGUCGAAGCUUCAGAACGUCAUUUCCAAUAACAAUAUUAUUGUUGUGUUUCACAUGAUUUUUAACGAUUUAUAUAUAUAUAUAUAUAUAUAUAUAU